AUGAACGAUUGCCCGUACACCGUUUGCACGCUCCUGCAAAAGAGCAAUCAUUUGAUUUGGCACCCAUCACUGCCCCCCCAGAGCCUUGAAAGAGAACUCGUCGUACAGGCCCAGGCAUGUACGUACAAUCCCGGUUCAUUCUUCGCCAUCUGCGCAUGGACCCCAACACAGAGCAAGUCACUGUACAAUGCAGACGGUCUUGAAGAUCCUUCAUUCUCAAAGGACCCGGCGAAUCAUCCUGGAGUAGGGACAAGUAACAACUGGCUGUACACCUUGUACCAAUGUGAAUGCGCUAGUCAAAAGUCCACCAUCGGCGCUCGGCCGGGCGCGAAUGAGACUGAUCUCUACGGAUCUAGCAAGAUUGAUGCUGUAAACACCGCAGACACGCAAGUCAAGAACGUCUAG